AUGGCGGAAGGACGCAGAGAACAGCCGCCCCAUCCUCUCCUCUCCUUACCACCGGCCAGCAAGCGACCCUGCCUGCGCCCUGCUCCCCGAGGUCCCGGUCCGGGGCCCGGGCACGGCAGCGGGUGGCCCAGCUCCCGGCUUCGUUCCCCGGAGUCUCUUCUGGACUGCGCGGCGAAGGCAGUAGCGGAAAAGUGGGCCUUCGAGAGAGUAGAGGAGCGCUUCGAGCGGAUCCCGGAGCCCGUCCAGCGCCGCAUCGUCUACUGGUCUUUUCCCCGCAACGAAAAGGAGAUAUGCAUGUACUCUUCGUUUCAGUGCCGAGUAGCCGGCGAGGAGGGUCCGUCGGCGGCUACCGGCGGGGCUGGGGGUGCAGGGUCCGGAGCUACAACCGCCGGCGGUGGCGGAGGAUCUACCGGUACGACGGCUACCGUGGGGACAGCCGGAGCUGUGGGAACGGGAGACGGGCUGCCUUUCCGCCGGGGUAUCAGGCUACUAGAGACCGGCUGUGUGGAAAACGUUUUACAAGUCGGGUUUCACCUCAGUGGCACAGUAACUGAACCCGCCACAUCAUCAGAUCCAGAGGUCACCCACAAGGUGGCCAUCAGCUUCGACCGAUGCAAGAUCACCUCCGUCACUUGUGGUUGCGGGAACAGAGACAUUUUCUACUGCGCCCAUGUGGUGGCGCUCUCUCUUUACAGGAUUCGCAAGCCUGAACAGGUGAAGCUGCGGUUGCCUAUCUCAGAGACGUUGUUCCAGAUGAACAGAGAUCAGCUGCAGAAGCUGGUGCAGUACCUGAUCACGGCCCACCACACCGAGGUGCUGCCCACCGCUCAGAAACUGGCAGACGAGAUCCUCUCCUCCAACUCUGAGAUCAACCAGGUCCACGGCGCUCCGGACCCGACUGCAGGCGCCAGCAUUGAUGAUGACAACUGCUGGCAUCUGGAUGAGGAUCAAGUCAGGGAGCAAGUCAAACAGUUUCUGUCACAGGGAGGAUACUAUGGCUCUGGGAAGCAACUCAACUCCAUGUUCGCGAAGGUGAGGGAGAUGCUACGAAUGCGAGACUCCAACGGAGCCCGAAUGCUGACGCUCAUAACGGAACAGUUUAUGGCAGACCCUCGAUUGUCGCUAUGGAGACAGCAAGGCACGGGCAUGACAGACAAGUGUCGGCAGCUCUGGGAUGAACUAGGUGCAUUGUGGGUGUGCGUGGUGCUAAACCCCCACUGUAAGAGCGAGGAGAAGACCGGCUGGCUGAAGCAGCUGAAGAAAUGGGGCGACAUGGACAUCUGCCCGCUGGAGGAUGGCAACUAUGGCAGCGAGCUUCCAAACAUCACCAACGCUCUGCCGCAGAGCAGCCUGGCACAGGACUCUCUGACCAGGCCGAGGAGGUCGGUGUUCAGCCGGGCCGUGGAGGCGUGUGACCUCCACUGGCAGGACAGCCACCUCCAGAGGAUCAUCAGCAGCGACCACUACAUGUCUCCAUCCUACCAGAGGGAGGGGGAGAGCCUGCUGUUCAACCCCCAGGGCCUGCCGUUGUGGCUCGACCACGUCCCGACGGCUUGCGCUCGCGUUGACGCCCUGCGUUCCCACGGCUACUCCAGGGAGGCAUUACGAUUGGCCGUCGCCAUCAUCAACACACUCCGCCUACAGCAGCACAGACAGAUGGACAUCUACAAACACCAAAAGAAAGAUCUCCUCCAGAGGGGCAUGACCUCCACCACCAACCUGGAGGGCUGGGUGGGUCAUCCCUUAGACCCGAUUGGCUGUCUGUUCGUCACCCUCACCGAAACCUGCCGUGUGGACGACGACAGCACCAUGGAUACGGGAGAUGGUGACCUCAGGCCUCCGGUCUACCACCAUGUUCCCGUGUGGGGCAGCUCUGAUGGAGGGGAGUCCUACCUGACUUUGGCCUUAGAGGUAGCUCUGAUGGGAAUGGGCCAGCAGAGGAUAAUGCCCGAGGGUCUCUACGCUCAGGAUAAGGUGUGUCGUAACGAGGAGCAGAUUGUCCUGAAACUUCAAGAACUCGAGCUAGACGACCUCCUGGUUCAGACUCUUCGGAAACAGUCCGUCCAGCUACUAGAAGCUGGUCCGUUCAGCGGUCUAGGUGAGGUCAUCCACAGGGAGAGUGUUCCCAUGCACACCUUCGCUAAGUACCUCUUCACCGCCCUGCUGCCACACGACGCAGACAUGGCAUACAAGGUGGCUCUGCGCGCCAUGAGGUUGCCGGUGCUGGAGUCCUCCGCAGGCUCCGGGGACGGGGGCCACCCUCACCACGGCAUCUCCAUCGUUCCCAGUAGAUACCCGCGCUGGUUCACUCUGGGUCACCUGGAGUCCCAGCAGUGUGAGCUGGCCUCCACCAUGCUCACUGCUGCUAAAGGUGACAUGUUGAGGUUGCGCACGGUGCUGGAGGCGAUCCAGAAGAACAUCCACUCCUCUUCCUUAAUCUUCAAACUGGCCCAGGACGCCUUUAAAAUCGCCACCCCCGCAGACAACCCGCCCGAUAUAACUCUGCUCAACGUGGCACUGGAGCUAGGCCUUCAGGUGAUGAGGAUGACUCUGUCCACACUGAACUGGAGAAGGAGAGAGAUGGUUCGAUGGCUAGUAACCUGUGCCACUGAAGUCGGUCUGCGGGCGUUGGUGAGCAUCCUCCAGAGCUGGUACACUCUCUUCACGCCGACCGAGGCCACCAGCAUCGUGGCGGCCACCGUCAUGUCCCACAACACCAUCCUGCGCCUCAGCCUGGACUACCCCCAGCGCGAGGAGCUGGCCAGCUGCGCCAGGACCCUCGCCCUGCAGUGCGCCAUGAAGGACCCCCAGAACUGUGCCCUGUCCGCCCUGACGCUCUGCGAGAAGGACCACAUCGCCUUCGAGACGGCCUACCAGAUCGUGAUCGACGCGGCGUCCACGGGGAUGACCUACUCCCAGCUGUUCACCAUCGCGAGGUACAUGGAGCACCGGGGGUACCCUCUGCGGUCCUUCAAGCUGGCCUCCCUCGCCAUGACCCACCUCAACCUGGCCUACAACCAGGACACGCACCCAGCCAUUAACGACGUGCUCUGGGCUUGCGCGCUCAGCCACUCCCUGGGUAAAAACGAACUCGCCGCCAUCAUCCCCCUGGUGGUAAAGAGCGUGCACUGCGCCACGGUGCUGUCUGACAUCCUGCGGCGGUGCACCAUGACCGCACCGGGCCUCGCCGGCAUUCCCGGGAGAAGGAACUCUGGGAAGCUAAUGUCAACGGACAAAGCGCCAUUGCGGCAGCUCCUAGACGCCACAAUCUCGGCGUACAUCAACACCACGCACUCUCGACUGACGCACAUCAGUCCGCGGCACUACGGAGAGUUCAUAGAGUUCCUGAGCAAAGCACGGGUGACUUUCCUGCUGGCACAGGACGGCCACAUCCAGUUAGCCCAGUUCAUAGACAACCUGAAACAGAUCUACAAGGGCAAGAAGAAACUGAUGAUGUUGGUCAGGGAGCGCUUCGGCUGACCUUUUACCCCCCCCCCCCACUCCUUGAGAAGUAGUUAAACUUAUUUGUUUCUAUUUAAGGUUUUUUGAAUUCCAUGUGUUUUUGACUUCUUGAGUUGAGCCAUUUGUUGACUAAGUCUUAAGUUUUUGUCCUGUUUUGUUGUUUUGUUUCUUGAAUGUGAACCAGAAAGUGUUUGCAGUGUGUUGCUCUACUUCAUUGAGAGUGCAAAAAGGGAGAAAAUGACUUAAAAUGUCAGAGAAACAACAAAUAAAAACAAAGCGUUUUCACCCCCUACAACUAAUGUUAAAUUUAGUAUGAAAAACUAAAAGGAUUGUAAAAAAGAAACUUUUGUUUUUCCGUGGCACAUGACGAUUUAAAAAACCAAAAGAUUUAGUUGGAUGGGGUUCUUACUUUGAGCCAGACGAUGCUUUCAGCUGGGUUCAGGGAGAAAAGGAAAGGGAAGUGGUUUUCAAAGUGGAAGGAACUUUUGAAAGUCAUUUCAAAACAGAAAAGAAAACAUACUGAGGUCAAAAAAACACACUUAGUGUCACUCUCAUACCUCGGCUGUAUUAUUUGCCAGCUUUAACUUCUCUAUCAGAAAUGGCCCAUUUCCUUCAGGGCAUGUUGGAGUAGAAAGGGUAGAAAAGAGAGCUACAUGUGUGAGGAGCAACCAUGUGACUUACCAGAGUGCAUGUUUCAAAUCCAGAAGCCUGAAAGUGACAUUAUUCAGGCUGUUCUAGCUAAGGUAGAGUAGUUGAGGCUCCACGUGCACAUAUAUAUACAGAUAUAUGUCAUCCUAUAGGCUUAUAGACAGUGAUAAUACACAACUGUGACAAACAAUGGGGUCAAAUUCCAAUCUUUAGAGGCACCACUGCACUGCUGUACAGCUAUUUGUGGCCAAAACCUUUAAACCUAGAAGACCCAAAAGGUCACCUUUCACUCGCUACAUCAAUGAGAAACAUAAGUCAAGUCUGCGCAUCAUUCUCAUCAGCUUUCAGCAUUUAUUUGACCAUAUGUAUUCUGUUAGAAAGCUUUGGAACAUGCUUGGACCUUAUUGAUUUUAGUGACUUAACCAAAGCCAAAAUCCCCUUUUCCAUCUCAUAAACAUUUUCCGGGAACUCAGGAACCUUUUAAGAGUUGUUUCCUGGAUCUUUUUCAUGAACCUAGAGCAUGACUAAGAGCAGAAAUCUGGUUCCAACGUUUGAUCUUUUACUUCCAACCCCUAGAGCCCCGACAUUCCAUAAAGUACUUUUUACCAAUGCUCUUGGGACCUGUGCGGUACUUCCCGUUCCUGGUUAGUCAAACAAGCACUAUUAAAAUAUAAUAGCCAUUAUUAUCUUAAAAUAAAUGGGAACUUGGAGAGUGCAGACCUCCAAUUAAUGAGAAGUAAUGCUUGUAUCAACCCAAGAUUGGGAACCCCUCCAGGAACUAAUGGGAUCUUUCCUUUCACCAAGUUUCAAAACAUUUCCUCUCAGUAGUUUUCCAUCAUUUCUGUCAAACUGACAGAAUAAAUGGAAUGGAAAUAAAAAAAAAUCCUUGAAAAAUAUACUUAUCUAAAAUUAGGUUAGAGCGAUUCAGUGCUAAACCAUUCAACCAUUGUGGACAGAUAAUAACAAUUGUAUCUAGAGAAAAAUAUUUUUUUAUAAAAUUUAAAAUAGAAUUAGGCUUAUACCACUUCUGCACUAAUUAAUAGAUCAACUGUGUAAUAAAAAAAUGGGCUUCUAGUAACAACCCCACAGAGAAUUAUUACUUGUUUCUAUUUUGCCUUAGCUUUUUAGAGUCAUGUAGCUAAAUGUUUGGUCUCGCUGGGACAUCGUCCUUGUGUCCAACAGCAGCGGGUUGUUAGCAUAAAUGCUAACUUAGAUACCUUAUACCAAACACAUGCUAGCUGGUGGAGACCAAAACUGAGCUAGAGUGACUAUUAGGUUAGUUCACCUGAACAUGAAUCCAAACGAACACCAAUGUUGCUCAAUCUCUGCUCAAUGUGCAUAACAGUACAUUAGCAACUGUUUGCUAACGUAUGAGCAACUUGGUUAGGUGAUAAUGUUGUGCUAGCUUGUUCCAAUGCCCCCACUUGGCUAAAACAUCUGUUCAUUUUGGUUUUAUUAUUGUUUGGGCUUACUAAAUAAAAUAAAAAAUGAUAUAUCUAAAACAUCAAAAAACAAAGUAAUCACACUGGUUCCAUCAUGGCUAAAGCAAAAUAUGCCGAUUUUGGUUGAUCCUGAAGUUCUAUUUAAUUCCGUCAGUCCCUUGGUUUUGUUAUGUAAAAGGGUCUAAACUUGCUAAAGCCAUUAACUUGUAAAUGCUACUGGAUUUAGUCUUUCUGAACUGUCAAAGAGUCAUAGAUACACAGUGCAACAAAAAAAAUCUGAAUGAUUCGAUGCCCACACUCCUGUUUCUUACCCAAAGUAAGUGGGUGUUAAGUGCAAAGUGUUAAUGGCAGUAUACAGAACGGCAAGAGUUUGAAUCUUUAAUGGUCGGAGAAAACGUCAUCUUAUAAGCACUUCACACAAAUACCUCUUCAGUACGUUCCUGCCUGCUUCAGCAUUUAUUUAUUUAUUGUUUAGUAACUUUGUUUGACUGCAUAUAACACACACACACACACAGCUAGUUGUUCAGUCUGUUAAUGGCUGGAGAAUAGGGGAAUCUUUUCUUGUCUGCUUUUUACAUUCCAUGAGAGCUACCUUCACCCACUACCCUCGUAGUCAGUCACAACUCUGGGCCUUUCGAUCUGAAGAAAUGCAGAAAGAAGAAUGAAACAAAAAAAGGAAAACUGAGCAAAAGAACGCGUAUGAGAGGCUAAACUCAGUUCUCAGGGACAUCACUUAAAGAAACAAAACAAAAAAGUAGUAGCAUUAAGCAUUUAAGAUAUUGUAAAUAUUAAAGUGUCAAUUCAGAAAAUUGUAAAGUUAUAAUUAUUUAUGAUAAGUAUGUUACGUGUUUGUUUUUACUUUUAUGUUUUUUAGUUUUUAGCGGGGGUUUACUUGAAUUGUUUGGACGGGGAAUUUGACAGCAUUUUUUGUAAGAGCAAACACUUAAAGGCAUUUCUCAGGUGCUCCUGUGUACAUUUCUUUCAGUUUUGCUAUAAUAACUGUUAUUAUUUGUCAUUUUCUUUGAUUUGCAAAGACAAAAAAAAAAGUCUGUUUUCCAAAAGGAAGCGUUGAGGAUAAUGAGGAAGGCAUUCAUUUGUAAAGAUACGUUCUAAACCUGACUAUGCAGAACCACUUCGAAGGUCUUGUCACCUCUUAAAAGAUGCCCCCCCUCCAAACUUAAACGUGUGGAAGAAGAGACUCAGUGGACUGAACCACUAUUAAAGAGAGGGGGGGACAGACAAAGACAAGACUCAGCAUGCUUGUGUUUGGACAAUGCGCAGUAGCCGGCCUGCAUACGCUGCAACAUAAAGAGAGGGGAAAAAAAGACAAAGGUGGAAUAAUGCCUUUUGUGAACGAUCAAUGUACAAAGUUUAUUUUUGCUUUACUUCUUUGUUGGUUUUAUUUAAUCAGGACUCAUGCCUUUAGUGUCUUCUCGGAGGUGUCGUGUGGCGGCGCCGCAGUGAGACGGAACAACACACAAAUGUCAAAGAGUCAGAAACGGCAACUGUUUGAACAAAAGGAGACGGCCUGUGGAUGACCUUGUGUUUUUAUUUUUUAUUCUUUCACGACUUCUUUUCUCAUUGCUAUACUUAUUUUGUUAUUUCAUCUUCACUUGUUCAUCUCCUUACCCCCUCUCACAGGGUGGAGCAAUGCAUGGUCAGUGAGCAGCGUUCAGGGUAACCACUUCCUUUUUGUAUCCUAUUGAGUCAAAGAUUUACUCAAGUUAGUGGGUUUCCAUCUUCUGCUGUUGCAAAUGUUCUAUAGAUGAGGAUAGAAAAAGGUUGAUGUCAUGUUCUGGUUACUACAUUAGCAUGAGAAGGUUAUCUUCUUAAAUCAGAGGGAUAUUAUUAUUUACUACUUUCUUAACUUUAAAGUUCCAUCCAGCUGCUUUGUGAUACAUUUACUGACAGCAUUACUGCAAAUAAGUCCCUCCCUCUGACUUGAUCUGUGUUUUUCAGUCUUUGUUAACUUUGUCCGCCAGUUCUUAUUCUUUCUUUCCUUCUUUCUUUCUUUAUUUUCUUUAGCUGUUAUUAAUCUAGUUCACCCACUGUUUCCCAGUUUGUUUUGGAUUAUUUCUAAUUUAAGGGAAUAUGGAAAAGUGUUUCUUGCCUCUUUGUGCUACUGAUUAUGAAAAGGUAUUUCCAGUAUUUGUUGCCACAGAAGUAUGAUAGUUUAUCAUCAACACUUGUUUUUGUUUUUUGUAAUUUUUUUGCGCCACUUCUUGAGCUACUGUCUAUAAAGCGAGAAUUUAUUACUAUUUAUGUAACGCUACUACCAUUUUAUAUUGAUUUGUGUUGGAAUCUCAGUGCUUUUCUAUAAAUAAAGUGUGAAACACGUUACAUGGA